AUGUCGAACCUCUAUCCGCUUAGUGGCACAGUGCACAAUCUUGGACAAAACAAACAACAGACCAUAAAAGUAGGAAACGAAGGUGCACCGCAGGAUGCCUAUGAAGUCAUUGUUUAUUCUGAGGCCCUCACUGGAUAUAAUUCAGGCAAAGAUGAAUCUGGCGAGCUGGUUGUAAGCGUUACCAUUCCAAAUAGGCUUAUCGAACGGAAGUUGGCCUGCUACGUGUACGAGCAGAAGGCGUAUGGCUACAAUUCAGAGAAUAUUUCUUUCCCUGUGGGUCCUGGGGAUGCAAGAGAAAUUAAAGCUGAACUAAAAGCAACUGGCGCGAGCGUCAACGGAUCAGUUCAAAUUGUUGGUUACCGCCUUGGAUAA